UUUGAUAAAUGUCCCCCUGUAUCUCCACUGUAGCAGACUGUUCACUUGUGGACUAGUGACCGGUAGUUGCAGGCAGGGAGGAGAUCGCUUGUUGCCGGAUAAAAGAAGCAGGUCGGCCGACUGGAGGUUCGAUGGCUCGUUAGUAGGAGGGAGCGAUAUAGUCACGUAAUUACGGACUGACAGUGGGGAGGGUGAAAGGCGCACAGUUCUAUUUGUGCUUAGUGUUUCCCACAGUAGGGAGAUCGCUCCCCGGGGGAAUCCGGCUCUAUGAGACUUUAAUCGGCACAACAGCUGCUUCCUGCCAUUAUCCUAUUAAAGUCGCGCUGAGCUUCAUCUACACCGGCCGCGACUCCUUCCUCUGCGACUCCUUCCUCUGCUCCCGCCGCCCUGCGACAUCGCGGCCGCCGCUGCUACAGGGACAUGAUAUUGGGGCGAUCCGCUGGCAGACGGGCAGGUGCCCUACCUGUAAGUGGAUCCCGGGGUCAGCAUGUCUGCUCCUGAAGUUUCUAAUGCAGGGCCAACUCUGCUGCACCCCAACACCAGGACUUUAACACUGCGUGGAAUCAGGGGGCAUGCGGCAGAAGACAGCAGCCAGGGAGCAGUGUCAGACUGUAAGAAAAUGCACAGCUCUCUUAACAAAGUGAUUGCCUGCUACCGCCAACUGGUGCUGUGUGUCGGAGGCACGUCCGAUUGUCCUCGACUGAGGGAGGAAUUGGAGGAGAGCAGGAAGAAGGCAUUUGAUCUGAGCACUGAUCUGAGGAACAUGCUGAUGGUCUUGCUGAUGAAUGAGGGGGUUAGCCAAGAAGACCGUGUCGAGCUGGAACGCAUUUGGGUUCUCUUCCUUUCAACGCUUGAGUUCUUCCAGCAGGAUUUGUGCAAAGCCCACCACCUCUGCCAGCUUUUCCCACUGCAUGGCCGACGUAAGAGACUUGUGAACACAGGGGUGAUUGGCAAGACCUCCGAGGUGGCCUACAGGGCUAGGAACAUUAAAUCACCCAGCAGUAGCAGCAGAAUGCAUGAGAACCAGCAGCGAACAGAGAGACCCUGCUCUCCAGACCUAGCAGGGCAGAUCGAACACAUGGAGAGGAUGUUACAUGACAUGCAGAUGAAAGUCAGUAUCCCUAUCUGGACUGUGGAGGCCACAGAGGAGGCCUGGGCAGAAGUAACUUCCACUUGUGAUUUAGAUGAGUGCUCAGAUAACGAGAUCCUGGCAGGAGAGGACCUCACCAGCAGGGGAUGCUGUGCUCAUGGCCAAUCUCUGCCCAGGCCUCUCUGUAUGGUCUCAUAACAUGGAUAUUGUUUACAAAAAUGCAGUAAAUGUCUUUAAUGAGGUUGGAAGCAAUAAGUAUAUAUCCUCUGAUGUCUUCAACUGUCAUGCGGUCUGACCUCAUGAUGCCUCUAUAUCUGUCUGUCCUGUUCUUAUAAGAAAGAAUCAUAGACCAAAGAGUUCAGGAAGUUACUACAGUAGUCAAAAUACAGCAUGCACAUUAUUCAGAUAACCUAUGGACUACUUCUUAACCCAUUACCAGAGUUACGAAUGUGUGGCGGAUGGAGGAGGCUUGUGCUGUAGAAGGAAAAUUAAAAAAUAAAGUAUCUGCAGGUAUCUGACACCCUUA